CUAGAAUAAGGCGGACGUUGCAGGCUGAGCUAUGGCAGAUGUGGAAGAGACUCUGAAACGAAUCCAGGGCCAGAAGGGUGUGCAGGGGAUCAUAAUUGUGAACUCUGAAGGAAUUCCAAUUAAGAGCACAAUGGAUAAUCAGACCACAGUGCAGUAUGCCGGCCUCAUGCACCAGCUUGUAUUGAAAGCACGCUGCUCAGUUCGGGAUAUCGACGCUCAGAACGAUUUAACUUUCCUCCGAAUCCGAUCUAAGAAAAAUGAAAUUAUGAUUGCACCAGAAAAAGACUAUUUCCUUGUUGUGAUUCAGCAGCCGACUGAAUAAGCCCAUUUCCAGUACAUUUCCCCCCAGUUUUGUUAUACAUGUACUAUUUAUCUCAAGUCCUUUGACGGCAAAGUUUGGCAUCGAUACAAGCGACCAAGAACACAACAUGUUUCCUGGGCCAAUUCACCAUCCAAGAAGAAAAGCUUCUAUUGGUUAUGUACUAACCCAGCCCUGUAUUAUUACUUUAUUGUUUUCCCAUGUACAAUAUGAACUGAACCCCUUAUUAUUCAUUUGUUAUUAAAAAUUCCCAUCAGAUAACCACGGUAAUAUUCUCUCUUGUCUUUUUAUGAGAAACCCUUCUAAAUGGUUUCCCACUGCAGAGAGUUACUGACAAAGGUCAUGGAAAACCUUGUAUUUAUGCCUAAAACAGUGUGUUAUAUUUAUCAAAGCAAUGGGGGAAAAAAGGGUUCAUUUAGAUUUUGAAAAAAGUAUCCAAUCAGAGGAGAGAAUAAUCUAGGGAUGCACCGAAUCCACAAUUUUGGAUUCGGCCGAAUCCUUGGCGAAAGCUUUGGCCGAAUACCGAAUCCUAAUUUGCAUAGGCAAAUUAGGAGCAGGAAAGGAAAAAGUAGAAAAAAAUAUUUUUUUGUAAUGAAAGUCACAUGAUUUCCCUACCUCCCCUAAUUUACAUAUGCAAAUUCGGAUUUGGUUCGGCCAGGCACAAAGAUUCGGCCGAAUCUGAAUCCUGAUGAAAAGGCCGAAUCCUGGAUUAGGAGCAUCCCUAGUAUAAUCACAUGGUUAUUGUUUUAAAGGACCUGUAACAAAAAACGUUUCUACAUAACGGAAAAAAAACCACCAAGACACAUUUAACUUUAAAUUUGCAAAGUCUUUAUUAAAAAACAACUUAACGAUUCUCCUCUUCAGAAACGGUGACAGGGCGACGAUCCAUCGUGCAGCGCUCAAUUUCUCCACUCUUCCUUCUAUAGGAGAUAAGCCAGAGAGGCGAAAUUGAGCGCCACACGAUGGAUCGUCGCCGUUUCUGAAGAGGAGCAGAAGCGGAGAAUAUAUCUUAAUAAAGACUUUGCGAAUUUAAAGUUAAAUGUGUCUUGGUGGGGUUUUUUUUCGAGUUAUGUUACUGGUCCUUUAAGCAUGGUGUCUGAGCUAUUUUAAUAAUGGAGCAUGCAGACCACAGCAGUUCUACAUUUUACUGUACCAACCCAGAUAUCCAUUUUGGAUCUUGUUGGCCAUCUCUUGAGGGUCAGUGUGCAGAGCUGUUAUUGAAGCUGAUGUUACAGGGGAUGGUUUUUAAAUUCAUGAUACAGAAUUCACGGAUUACUGAACUGCAUUGUAAUGGGAAUCUGAUUAAAUUGCUAAUUAUACCUG